UGGGUGCCAGGGUUUCUAUUUCCAGGAGAGGAGAUGGAGGCUUACAACUUUGGUCCAGAGUGGCAUAGGCAGUUUCCUAGCCUCAGGGUAUUUCAGGGGAUACUGGGAUUUGGGGUACCAAGGAUGCUCCUGGGACUUAGGUACAUGGGGCUUUGGAUUGUGGUCCAGUCCUGCCCUCGUUCUGGCUCAGUGGGGGCUCUCUUUUCUGGCUCUGUCCCUCACAUCAAGGCUUUAGGAGCCUCCUCAGGCCCUGGGAGUGCAUCCAAGGUGAUCUAGUUAGUACCUUUAGAACAACGAGUACUGGGUCCUCCUCCCCUCCUACAGUUCUCAGUGUGGAAGGAGGUGUCCAGUUCUAGCAGCAGGGCAGGGUCUUGGCUCGUGUCUGGGUGCCUCUAGGGCAAGAGCAGGGUCCUGGGGAGGAUGAAGGCUUUAUAAGGCUCCUCGGGGAAUUUCUUCAGUUCCAAGCUUGCCACCUGCCUGCCCCUGGACACCUCUGUCACCAUGUGGUUCCUGGUUCUGUGUCUUGUCCUGUCCUUAGGGAGGACUGGUGCUGCACCCCCAGUCCACUCCCGCAUCAUAGGAGGCUGGGAGUGUGAGAAGCAUUCCCAGCCCUGGCAGGCGGCUGUGUACCACCAUGGUUUAGCAGUGUGCGGGGGUGUCCUAGUGCACCCCCAGUGGGUGCUCACAGCUGCCCACUGCCCCAGCAGCGAUAGCCAGGUCUUGCUGGGUCGCCACAACCUGUAUGAGGAGGAGAACACAGCCCAGCACAUCCACAUCAGCUACGCCCUUCCACACCCGCUCUACAACUUGAGCCUCCUGAGGCAUGGGUCAUCGGGCCUGGAGAACGACUUCAGCCACGACCUGAUGCUGCUCCGCCUGGCGGAGUCCGCCAACAUCACGGACGCCGUGAAGGCCCUGGACUUGCCCACCGCGCAGCCAGACCUGGGGAGUACAUGCCUCGCCUCCGGCUGGGGCAGCACCGAACCAGAGGUAGACCCGUUGGUGCUCCCCAGGACUCUGCAGUGUGUGGACCUCAGCCUCCUGUCCAGAGAUAUGUGUGAGAGCGGCUACUCUAUACCGGUGACAGAGUUCAUGCUGUGUGCUGGGCACUUGCAGGGUGGCAAAGACUCCUGUGUGGGUGACUCGGGGGGCCCGCUCAUCUGUAAUGGUGUGCUUCAGGGUCUCACGUCCUGGGGCGGUAAUCCCUGUGGCCAGCCUGGAAAGCCUGCCCUGUAUACCAAGCUGGUGGCUUACCGGGAGUGGAUCAAGGACACCAUGGCAGCCAACCCCUGAGUGCUCCUGUUCCUCUCUACCUGAAGUAAAAUCGAGUCCACACCAAGUUCUGGCAUCGUCCUGUGUCCCUUGCCACUGGGCAUCUGGAAACUCAGAGUCCACUCACCAGGACCAGAGCCUCCCAGCCCUCCCAGUCUACAUCCCGAGGGGUGGGGCCAGGGCUGCAAGGACAGGGAAGUGGAGAGACAGGUGUGCCCCAUGGGUCUCUAAUGGGUGUAAUCUUCUCAUCCCCUUUUGUGCCCUUGAGAACUCUAUCUCCAGAUGGCUCUGAGAGGUCUGGGGACACAGAGUGGACAUGGGGGGCUGUGACAGGUGUGUGGUGUGAAGAUGGAGCAGGCAUGGGACAGUGGAUAGUGCCCCGUGAUGGAUUCUGUCCACCCAGCACAGAGCUGGAGCCGGAAGCACAGUGCCCAGACACCGACGCAGCAAGGGUGGCCUCUAAAACAUCACCCCUUGGUCCCUGUGGCCCUGGGAAACCUAAAGAAGACUGUGAGCAGGGUGGGGAGGGCCCAGGGAAGAGACCAGAGCCCUGGGAAUCUGAUCAUUGUGGGAAGUACGUGGAGGUCCUCCAUGCCACCCUCAGCCUCCAUGGCAUUACAUCUCACGUGGCUGACCUUAAGUGCUUGGCCCACAGGCUCCCUGGAGCACGACCUGGGGUCCCUGUGGUACACAGACAGGCUCACUGGACUCAUGCCAUUAGUGUGAGCUUCUGGGCAUGGUCCACGGCUCCAGUACAUGGAGGCACUGUCGGGCAGAGUUCUGGGCAUCAGAUGCUGUCUUCUAUAAGCCACUUGAAGAAGAGUCCUCCCUGGGGGACGUGGGACUGAGCACUGCGACCUCCUGAGUUAGCCUUUUCUGUAUGGGGCUGCACAGAAGGGAGGGAUGAGGGAAGCAGCUGGGGUCUGGUCUGGUCCUGGGAUCGAGUGCACCAGGAGUUAUCCCUGCGACGAGUAAAUCUGGAGCUGGGCAGGCACAGUGAUCGGUUUCUUUGCCUGCCUCCACAUGAUCAGCGAGGGACAGGGACAGCUUCCCACUGUGGUUGUGAGAUGGCUGGGCACAUGCAAUCAGAAACAGAGUUAGCCACAGGCAUGCACAGCCUGCGGAAGAGCACCCGUGUGCCAUGUUGUAGGACAGGAUUGCGCUCAGGGUCAGCUUGACGAGAAGGGCUGGGGAUCAGGUUUUGUAGCAUGGGAGAUGGAGGAACCUGGGCGCCCACAGGGGAGUGGGCUUGCUGUGUUUCAGGCAUCUCAUGGGCUGACAGGGAGUGAAACCCGUGAGGCUGGGGACCUUCUGAGGUGCAGCUGAUCCAGCUGAUAAGGAGAUGGGGUGUCCUGUUGGGUGUGAGUUGUAUUUGGCAAGAGCAGGGGAUUUUGUGGUCCUUUUGAGGUGCUCCCCAUUAUAGCUAAUAAAGUAGCACAGAACUUCACAGUACAUGAAUGUAAAAGGACAUUUGAGGAAAAUAAACACAUUUUUAAAGAUUGAUUUUAAUCUGGGUG